GUUUGACGUUGCGCGCAAAAUUCGAUGGAUGCAGUCGUUCUCAUCUGUCGUUAAAGGUGCGCGUUCAGAAACUCAUCAAGAAAAAAGUGUUGCUACCUUUUAGCUCACGACUAUGCACAAUCACAUGCAUCCAAUCACGUGAAACCCCGAGAUGUCCAGACUCUCUACUUCUAGGGACUCUAAUCCAGUUCUUUCUGGGGCCCUAUUCUUGAACAUAUAUCGCAUACGAAAAUGGCAGUUUCGUAUACGACUUUUAACAGUUGGUAUUCAUGAAUGAUUACUACGCGGUCGUAUUCGAAAAAUAUCAUGCGAUUUACAUCGUAUGGGUCAUGGCAUUCGAAAUAAAGAUUCGUAUGCGAUAAAUAACCAAAAUUUUAUAUAACAGUAAAAAUUUCAUAUAACAAUGGCGGUUUUAAGAAGGUUAAUUAAUUUUAAUGUAAUAAAUGUUUUGGAAAAUGCAAACAUUGUGUUUGAAAAUAGAGAAAGAUUUCAACGUAAUGAUCCAUUUGAAUUAAAUAAUUUGGAGUUUAUGAGAUUAUUUCGUUUAAGUACAGAUAUGGUACAAAGGGUAAUUGACAUAGUAGAGGAAUAUAGUGAUCCAAUUUCAAGAAGAUCAGCAUUAGAUGCGGAACAAAAGGUAUUUACUGCUCUUAGAUUUUAUGCAGUUGGAAGUUAUCAGUUAGGUAUUGGAUGCAAUGGAUAUAUUGGAGUUAGUCAAUCCUCUGUAAAUCGUUGUAUUCGAGAUGUAAACAUAGUACUCAAUCACCCCAAUGUGUUUAACGAAUGGGUUUAUUUUCCGAGGAAUUUAGAAGAGCUUACGACCAUACGUAAUGCAUUUUACACAGAAUAUGGAUUCCCAGGUGUCGUAGGAUGUAUAGACUGUACUCACGUGGCUAUAUUUCCACCCUCAAAGAACAAUGAAAUGUAUCCAGAACAUGUAUAUGUAAAUCGAAAAGGAUACCAUUCCAUAAAUACACAGUUAAUUUGUGAUUCAAGAAUGAAAAUUUUAAAUGUUAAUGCUCGAUAUCCUGGAAGUUGUCAUGAUAGUUUAAUCUGGAAUCAUUGCAAUGUUUUGCCAGUGAUGCAAACUUUACAUGCACGAGGGCAUGAUAAUUUUUAUUUGAUAGGUGAUUCAGGUUACGCGCUAAGACCAUGGCUUCUAACUCCACUGAAUGAUGUUCAACCGGCUACUCCAGAAAAACGUUAUAAUCAAUGUUUUAAAAGAACACGCUCAAUUAUUGAAAGAUGCAACGGAUUAUUAAAAAUGUGCUUUCGUUGCUUGUUGAAACACCGAGUACUUCAUUAUACUCCAAACGUGGCUUCUAAAAUUAUAAAUUCAUGUGUAGUUCUGCACAAUAUGUGUGUAGAAAAUAAUUUACCUCUUCCAGAUGAUGAUUAUGAUUUACAUAUGGAUUUUGGUAUGUUGAAUGAGAGACCAAUGGAAGUUGAAGCUGCUGUAGGGCGUUUAAAUCCUGAUCUUACAAAAGCAAAAGUAAUGCAACGCCGUAUAAUUAGAAAUUUUUUCUUAAAUUAAAUAUAAAUCUAUCAA